CAACAAUUAAUAUUAAUUUUCUUUGAUACAAGAUUACAAAAUGGCGACUACCGGUGGAUGCAUUUUCAUCCUGUGCACGUUUUUGUCUUGUUUUAUUUACAGUUAUGCUCUUUAUGAGGACCAAGUUGGCAGUUUUGACUGGCGACAACAGUACAUUGGAAGAUAUAAGAGAGCAUACUGGGAGCAGGUUGAAGGCACAGCAGGAGGGAAGAGAUUGUUUGUAUCAUCUGAAAAAAAUGUCAUAGCUUCACUGAACACAGCAAAUGGCAAAAUAGUUUGGAGAAAGGUAUUUGAAGAGGGACGUAGAGGAGAAGUGGAUGAUUUGAUAUACAAUGGAGAAAUACUUGUGUCAGUGUUGGGUGGUCGUCGUGUUGCAGCAUGGAGCCCUGGCUCGGGAAACUUGCUGUGGGAGAUCUUUUUAGACGGCAGUGACAAACAUAGUGGUGUGGUAAAGUUUGUUGAGGAAAGUGGACUUGUUGUAGCCCUCACAUCGGAGAAAGUUUAUGCAGUACAAACUAGAGAUGGAGCACAGAAAUGGGAAGUUGAAUUAUCAAACAGUGAAACUGUACGGUACAGUAAGCUUCAAGUGCAUGAUGGGAAAGUUUAUGUUGUUGGCAUGACAGCAGGAUCAGAGGUCAAGGUCAUUUCUAUUGGUCUUGAUGGUGCUGUUCUCUCAACGAAACCAGUUCUGGCUGGUUUUCUGAGGAAAGAUACAAAAUGCAGGAUCGUGGAAGAGAAAUAUUUGAUGUGUAUCUGCUGGAUGUCAUCAUCUUUCCACGUUCUUAAUCUUAAGUCUCCACAGGGCUUUGUAGCAACCUCUUCUCAGGAUCUAGGACAUGAUUUAACAGAGCAAUCAAGAUGGGUUGAACAGUAUACUCCAAGUGCAAGGGGAGAAGUUAUUCAAAUCAGUAAAGAUCGUACAGUCCUUGUCACUGUAAAUGACAAUGGUAAAGUCAGUGUGAUCAAAGAUCUGCCAAAGAGUGCAAUAGCAGCAGUGGUCAGCUAUGAGGGAAAGGAUUAUAUAGUGAGUUUGGAACAGACUGGACAUGAGGAAUUAACGAUGAACAUGUAUGAGCUGGGCACCAGUAAUCAAGUUUCUGAAGCAAAUCACAAGAUACAUUAUAUGAAGCAUCAUGGACAACCCUUACAGAUGACAUGUUUGCUUGCUCAAAGAAAAGAUGGAAAGAUGGCUUACAAACUGGCACUGUUGUCUGAGGACUAUGCUGUCCAGCUUGUACAUAAGUCAGGAAAGAUUGCCUGGAGAAGAGAUGAGUUCUUGGCAUAUGCAGUCGCUGUUGAAAUGGUAGACCUUCCAGUGUCAGAAAAUCAAGCCAAGUUUGAGGAUGAGUUUGGUUCUCAUGAAGAUAAUGUUAUGACAAUGUUUGUAAAGAGAGUAAAGACACAGCUGUCUCAGUUACAGACAUUUAUCGUACAGCAGAUACAUAGACUACAGGGUGUGAAACAUCAUACAGUGAUAGAGGAGGGGGAGGAUGAGGACACGGAAGAUGAUGAUUUAUUACGGGAUGAAUUUAGUCUUCACAAGAUCAUUGUCAUUGUAACCAGUCCAGGCAAAAUUGUUGGUAUGAAGAGUAUAAAUGGACAUUUACUCUGGCAGCAUUUUCUCCCAGAGUUAGGUCCCUUUGAUAGGUUUGGUAGAGAGAAGGUCUUAUUGCAUGUUCAAAGAACAACUGCACAUUUCCCUAAUCCACCACAAUGUGUUGUACUUGGGAGAAACAGGGCGUCCGGACGUGGCCAUCUCUUUGCCUUUGAUCCAAUCAGCGGACACAGUGUAUCACAGAUGCCGGCUGGAGGCCUCCAUCUACCAUACAACAUUCAGCAAGCUUUCUUGCUGGGAGAAUGGGAUGAACAUUUUAUGAAGGCUUUAAUUAUGCUGGAUGAUACAUUCACGGUACAUACAUAUCCAACAAGUGCCCUGAGUUUUGUAGAGAAACACAGAUCAUCUAUCUAUAUAUACCUUGCUGAUGUUGACAGUAGUUUACUCAAUGGUUAUAGACUGGUUCUCAGUCAAAAUAAGUUAUUAGUAGACAAUGUAUGGACAGUCAAUUUACAGAAUCAGAGACAGAAUAUAAAAAUCACAAACAUUGUAGCGAAAUCAGCUCAUGAGCACAUCUAUUCCCAAGGACGAGUGUUAGGUGACCGAAGUGUAUUGUAUAAAUAUCUCAAUCCUAAUGUUGUUGUUGUCACUACCGAAGGGGAAGAGCCGGCCACAUCCCAGCAGAAAGGCUACCCAGUGAUCAAUGUAUAUGUUCUUGACGUGAUAACGGGCCACAUGAUUUUCCAUGGUAACCACAGAAAAGCUCAAGGACCACUGCAUAUUAUACAUUCAGAGAAUUGGGUUGUAUAUGGUUACUUCAAUACCAAACAACGACGUCAUGAGAUGGCCGUGUUAGAAAUGUAUGAGGGCAAAAAUCAGAGUAACGCUACCGUGUUCUCCUCGUUCACGGCCCCACAGCAACCUCUGGUGAUGCGACAGAGUUUUAUCUUCCCUCUUCCUAUGUAUACAAUGACUACAACUAUAACAGAGAAGGGUAUUACUACCAAAGAUAUUCUAGUUGCUUUGAAAAAUGGUGGGGUAUUUACAUUACCAAAAGCAUUCCUGGAUCCAAGAAGACCUUUAACACCUACACAAGAAACUCAAGAGGAAGGAACAUUUCCGUAUAUUCCGGAGUUACCAGUACAUACAGAGGGCAUGAUCAACUAUAACCAGACCUUGUACCAUGUACGUGGUAUCCAUACAUCACCGACUGGUCUAGAGUCUACAUCCCUCAUAUUGUGUUAUGGAUUAGAUAUGUUCCACACAAGAAUACAGCCGUCUAAAAUGUUUGACGUAUUGAAGGAGGAUUUUGAACAUUGGUUAAUAGCCAGUGUUGUUUUAUCAAUGUUAGUUGCAUCAUUUAUAACACAGAAGUUAGCAUCAAGAAAAGCUUUAAAUCGUCAGUGGAAAUGAUAGAUUGUAUUUACGUAGAAGACAAUAUUUUCUAAUUAUGAACAAGACAGCAAUUCUACAGGUGGAGUGACUAAAAUCCUUGAGAUUUUGAGCAGUUCUGCAACUAUCAGAAAACUUAUUCUAGAUGUGUUCAUUGGUCUCGCUGGCUUGAGCCACUUUCAGUUUAAAAGUGUGGUAAUUAGGGUUUUACGAAAGAAAAUAUCAUAAUUUGUGUUAACCCUUACCCUGAUAAAUUUCUAUAAUGAACUUGUCCGUCUUUCAAUUUGGAAUGUACCAUUAACUGUUAAAAGGGGCAAAAAGAUACUGACUGAAUGGCAAACAGUGCAGAUCAUGAUCAGACUGCAUGGAUGUGCAGGCUGGUCAUGAUCUACACUGGUCGCAAAGGCAGAAUCAGUUGUGUUCACAUGAUAAGGGUUAAAAAUCAGCUUGAAAACAGUUUGAGCCACAUUAGUGAAGUUUUAGGAAAUGGCUCAAAUUUUGAGUGGCAGAGUGACCCCCUCGUGUUGCAUUAUAUAUCAUUGUGUUCAAUAACUGUGUAAAGGUUACUGUAAGUUUUAUAAAAGAGAAUGGGAUUUAUUUUGAAACCCUAAAUAAAUUGGGUGUGUGUGCAAGCAGUAAUGUUCUACAUUUACUAGAAAAACUGUUAAAAGUUAUAUGACUUAGUAACUGUAAAAUUAUAAUUUUUUACUAUGUAUUUAUUACAAUAUAUUUAUCUUGCUUUAUUGGCAAAAAUAAAUCCUCACGAAAGUGUUAUAAUUAUCAUAAAUAACUCCAUAGGUUACAAUUUAUGUGUUAGAUAUAACAAAAUUUUAGCCUUGUGAUUGUAUCUAAUUUCAAAGUACACAGAAAUGUUUCAUUAGAAAUGAAAAAUUACAGGGUUUUAUCUAUGGGUGACAGAAAUGUUUCUGCAGUAUGGUUUACAAGAGGGAGAGAAAUAUUUCAGCUAGAUUUACAAGCGUGCCCCAUACAUUCCAGUAGUAAAUACACAGCCUAUUGUUUGUCCAUAGUAUCAAGAUUUAUAAAUUGUUCAUUUUUGUACCAAAGAUUUUUAUAAGCUACCAGCUGCUAUGCCUUAGACGCUUCUUAAUACUUCUGUUUGGAAUCAGUCAAAUUUUUCAUGUUGAUUAAUCAGUACAAGAAUAUCCCAGUUGUAAAGCAGUAUAAAAUAGCCUAGUUGUUGAUUAACAAAGUACAAAAUUUGCCUGAUUGAUGAUUAAUUGGCAAGUACCUUGGUAAUUAUGAACACAAGCCAAAUUUCACAAAUACAUCAAAUAAGAAAUCAUUUUACAUGCAUGUAAAUAGUCAACAAUGGCCAGUUUGCCUACAUAACAUUUCUUAACAAAGUUUAUCUUGUUUUGGGGGCAUUAUUAAGACAUUAUAAUUUGUAAUUGAUGAAGUUCCGUCAGCUACGUCACGGACUAUCCACGAUUUGUUAAACAUAAUUAAUCAGCACAUCACUAUGCAUUACUGUUAAAGCCUGCCAUAUCUACAGGAACUGUAAUUGUACUGAAUAAUUGCCAUGAAAAUGUUUGCAAGUUAGUUCUUGGAAGAAACACAUGUAGUGUAUUGGUUUAGAUAUUACUGUGUAAGAGAGUUAUAGAUCUUUUAAUUUUGCAGUAUUUACAUGAGCUAGCUACUUCUUUAAUUUAGAUAUAUGAGUUGCCUGUAUGGGAAAGACAGUAAUGCUUAGAGGAAAAAGUAGUAUGGCCGAAGAAAUCAUUCAGUUGUUUAACUUUGUCAUUUAACUCUUGACAGUAGUGUAUGCAAUUACAUUCCCAACACAAUGCACUUACACUGUAUAGAAACCCUGGACUGGUGUUAGUCUACACGGGAUAUAAAAUCAAUUGUUUAAAAGUGCUUUGUGGAUUGCAAAUGAUUUUAUGCUAACAGUGAAAAUGACUAUUUAUGCCAGAGUAAUAUAAUUAUUUAUGCUAGAAGUGAAAGUGACUAUGCAAGAAGUGAAAAUAACUGUAUUUUUGCUAGAAGUGAAAAUGACUGUUUUUAUGAUAGAAGUGAAAAUGACUGUUAGAUGUGAAAAUAAAUGUUCGUGUCAGAAGUGAAAAUGACUGUAUUAUGUUAGAUGUGAAGACGACUAUUAUCAUAGAUGAUUGAGAUGUGAGAUAUUUGUGGCACUUGCUUUUGCAUAAAUGUGAUUUGUGUGUGGUAUUUAUUACAUUUCUUAUCAUUUUUCACCUACAGGAAAGAAUUUUGGUAAUUCAGAGAUGCUAAUGUUUGCACAAAUUCC